AUGCGUCUCCACUGGGUUGAUCGAGCUAUUCUUAAUGUUUUGCCUGAUGUAGUCAUAAUGACAGAUUCUGUCCAACCUUUUGCGGCCAUUAUUCAGUUAGGCCCAUCAAAAGUUCACAUAAUUGAAUGGCUGUAUUUACAUCAUACACCAAAGAACACGGUGACUCCUUUAGUGGAUCUCCUUGCUCAGCUCAUCAGCAAGGGACGCCGCCGCUGCAAAAGCCUCUUUGGCACUGACUGCGGCCAACUCAUUGUACCCAUGCCUUUAGAACAAUGGGAAACUGCUCUCUCCACUAGCAUGGAUUUGCAGUGCGCCUUAGCCGAUUUUGUUGGCCAAGUGGAUUGCCAUAUCCCAGCCGACCCUCGCCUGCAAAUGAGCAAGCAAUUUUCCCUGUCUUUCUCAACCAUAUUAUCUCCUGUCCCUUUGGACGCCCCUACUGUCUUUACUGACGGAUCCCCUCCAGGGGGGUAGUUGCCUGGCAACAAGAUGAGGAAUGGCACAGCCUCUACACUCUUCCACAAAAAUCUGCCCAGCGUUCUGAGUUAGCAGCUGCUGUUAAAGCUCUGCACCACUUCUCCAAGCAGCCUUUAAAUUUGGUCGUGGACAGCCUAUAUGUUGCAAAUGUCAUAACUCGUCUACAAGGCAGUUAUGUAAGUCCUUUAUUGGAUGACAAUUUAUUGAGCCUUUUCCUAUCCUUACAAUUACUUCUUUCCACUCGCUCCCACCCUCUAUUUGUGGUGCACAUUCGCUCCCACCAACCUUUCCCUGGCUUCAUCACUGAAGGCAACGCGAAAGCAGAUUCACUGCUUAGAGCUUUGCCUGUUUCCCCUAUUGAAAGUCAUGCUUUCCAUCAUCAAAAUGCAAAAGCCCUUAGCCGCCAGUUCCAAAUCCCGUUGGAAGCGGCACGUGCAAUUAUUCAACAAUGCCCUCAAUGCUCUAAUCAGAUUGGCCACCCCAGCCCUGGUGUUAAUCCCCGUGGGCUGGCAUCCAACCAAUUGUGGCAAAUGGAUGUCACUCACUUCGCCCCUUUUUCACCUUGGAAGUUCAUACAUGUUUGUGUUGAUACGUUCUCUGGCUUUAUUUGGGCCACCCCUCAAAGGGGAGAACAAGUUAAACAUGUUUGCAAUCAUCUUGUUCGUACCAUGUCAGUCAUGGGCAAGCCUCAUUCCCUGAAAACUGACAAUGCCCCAGCGUACUGUGCAAAAACCUUUGCUCAGUUCUGUGAAACUUGGAAUAUUCACCAUUUAUUUGGCAUCCCCUACAAUUCUCAAGGCCAAGCCAUCGUCGAAAGGGCUAAUCGUACCUUAAAAACUGCUCUACAACGCCAGGAAAAGAAGGCCGGUGUCCCAGCCUCCCUUUCCGAAAAGGAAGGCUGGCUGGCCAGUGUUCUCUUUACUCUCAACCAUUUGAAUGUUUCCAUACAGGAUCAUCAAUCUUAUACUCGCCUGCAGAAGCAUUUUCAGCAAACAGAGAUACUCCCAGCCCCACUGGUCCGCUAUAAGAUAUUACCCUCCAACGAGUGGAGUGAACCUGUAAAACUGAUCACCUGGGGAAAGGGUUACGCUGCAGUGUCUACUCCACAGGGUCCUCGCUGGGUUCCCGCACGCUGCAUCCGCCUAUACCAUGGCAUGGCGACAGUCCCUUCCGAAUCCAGUACCGCAGUUCGACCACACACUACGGAUCGCCCAGGCCGCAGCGCCCAGCCCCCCCAGGACUCGCAAGCGGGGAAAUCGUAA